AUGGGCAACAGCUCAACGGUUACUGCACUUACACUUGCAAUUGGCAUGCUUUUACCCUUUACGAGUUAUGCAAAAAAUAAUGUCGUUGUCGUCGCAACUGGCGGUACGAUCGCGGGUGCUGGAGCAAGUUCUACAAAUAGCGCAACAUAUACUGCUGCGAAAGUUCCUGUAGAUGAUUUAUUGAAUGCAGUUCCGCAAAUUCAAAAUCUUGCCAAUGUUACAGGCGUACAGGCUUUACAGGUUGCUUCAGAAAGCAUCACUGACAAAGAGCUUUUAACAAUUGCACGCAAAGUGAACGAAUUGGUUAAAAAGCCUGAUGUGAAUGGCGUGGUGAUUACCCAUGGUACAGAUACUUUAGAAGAAACUGCUUAUUUUCUAAGUCUUACAGUUCAUACAGAUAAACCAAUUGUCGUUGUUGGUUCCAUGCGUCCACCUUCAGCGCUUUCAGCUGACGGCCCUUUGAACCUUUAUAGUGCUGUUGCGCUUGCUGCCGCAGACAGUGCCAAAGGCAAAGGCGUUUUUGUGUUAAUGAAUGACGAUAUUUUUGCAGCACGUGAUGUGUCAAAGACCAUCAAUAUUCAUACCGAUGCUUUUGUCAGCCAAUGGGGUGCUUUAGGUACAUUGGUUGAAGGUAAACCUUAUUGGUUUAGAAACGUUGCAAAACGUUUUAACAAUAGCUCUGAGUUUAAUAUUGAAAACAUUCAGGGUGAUGCGCUACCAAUCGUUCAAAUCGUUUAUGGUUCAGGCAAUAUGCUUCCAGAUGCCUAUGUGGCCUACGCGAAAGCGGGUGCUAAAGCCAUUAUUCAUGCAGGUACAGGUAAUGGUUCCGUAGCAAAUUAUAUUGUUCCGACAUUAAACCAACUCCAGCAACAAGGUGUACAGAUCAUUCGUUCUUCACGCGUUCCACAAGGUUUUGUGUUACGUAAUGCUGAACAGCCUGAUGAUAAAUAUGGUUGGGUGGUUGCUCACGAUUUAAAUCCGCAAAAAGCAAAACUUUUAGCUGCUUUAGCACUGACCAAAACCAAAGAUGCAAAAGAAAUUCAACGGAUGUUCUGGGAAUACUAG